ACUCCCAUUUAUUCCUCUCCCACUAAAAUUUAAUAUCUUUCAUUAUUUCCCCUCUCUCUCUCCCUCAAAUCUCUCCUCUCUCCUCUCUUUCUCUCUGUGACUUGAGCUUUGAAGCGCCAUGUGUUCUAUUGCCACAGCUGCAGCUCUAUCUCUGCCGAUAUCAUUUUCCCCAUAUUCCAAGUCUAUUUCCAAAAGGGGUUUCAAAGCUGGAUUCCGUGUGUUUGCUAUAUUAGGGGAUGAAAAUGGUGUAGUGGAUAAAAAAAACCCUUGGGGUGCUAUCUUUGAAGUAGAACAACCGAGGUUUAAAGUCACUCACGUUCGAGGGAAGUUUGUGGAUGUAAAUGAAGCUCUGGAAGUGGCUAGAUUUGAUAUACAGUAUUGUGAUUGGCGGGCUCGGCAGGAUCUACUUACAAUCAUGCUUCUUCAUGAAAAGGUUGUUGAUGUAUUAAACCCUCUGGCCCGAGAAUACAAAUCCAUUGGCACUGUUAAAAAGGAACUUGCAGAGCUCCAACAAGAGCUUGCACAAGCACACAGACAGGUCCAUAUAUCUGAAGCACGGGUUGGUGCUGCUGUAGAUAAGCUAGCUUACAUGGAAGAACUGGUGAAUGAUAGGCUGUUACAAGAUAGAAGUGUAACAGAGACCGAUGGAAUAUCCCCUUCUCCCAGUACUUCUGCAGAGAGUUUGGAGACUGUUAAGAAAAAGAUGCCCAGGAAAAGUCUGAAUGUGGCUGGUCCAGUUCAACCUUACCAUUCUCGUCUAAAGAAUUUUUGGUAUCCAGUGGCCUUUACUUCAGACCUCAAAGAUGACACUAUGAUCCCGAUUGAUUGUUUUGAACAACCUUGGGUCUUAUUUCGGGGAAAAGAUGGAAAACCAGGAUGCAUAAAGAACACAUGUGCACACAGAGCAUGUCCUCUUGAUCUUGGUUCAAUCAACGAGGGUAGAAUUCAAUGCCCAUAUCAUGGAUGGGAAUAUGCAACAGAUGGCACUUGCGAGAAAAUGCCAUCAACGAAGUUUGUUAAUGUGAAGUUAAAGGCAUUGCCAUGCUUUGAGCAAGAAGGAAUGAUAUGGAUUUGGCCCGGUAGUGAUCCUCCUGCAGCCACUAUUCCCUCAUUACAGCCUCCUCCAGGUUUUAAGAUACAUGCUGAGAUUGUAAUGGAACUUCCAGUGGAACACGGGCUCCUCUUAGAUAACCUCUUGGAUCUUGCACAUGCACCUUUCACUCACACUUCAACAUUUGCAAAGGGAUGGAGUGUUCCAAGUCUGGUGAAAUUCUUGACACCUGCAUCUGGUCUUCAAGGAUACUGGGACCCCUAUCCAAUAGAUAUGGAAUUUAAGCCACCUUGUAUAGUGUUAUCAACAAUCGGAAUUUCAAAACCAGGGAAAUUGGAGGGUCAGAGCACCAGCCAGUGUGCUACACACCUUCACCAACUUCACGUCUGCUUGCCAUCAUCUAAGAACAAGACAAGGUUAUUAUACAGAAUGUCCCUGGAUUUUGCUCCCAUACUCCAGUACGUUCCUUUCAUCGAUCACUUGUGGAAGCAUUUUGCAGAAAAGGUUCUAAAUGAGGAUUUACGGCUUGUACUUGGGCAACAAGACAGAAUGAUUAACGGAGAAAAUGUAUGGAAUAUGCCAGUAUCCUACGAUAAGCUAGGAGUAAGAUACAGAUUAUGGAGAGAUGCUGUUGAGCGCGGAGUCAAACAAUUACCCUUCAGCAGUUAAUCUAGAAGCUACAUUUUUUCAGUUGACCUAACUCCUUUAUACUGUGUUUUUGCAAACCACCGAUCAUCUUAACUGAACAGAACUUCAGGUGAUCAACAACUCCUAUUAACAGUUUUGCACAGUAAUGUUUUCCUUUGCCAAGGAAACUAUACUGAAUUCUUCACCUGAGAGAAUAUCGAGGCGAUUCUAAGGAGGAAACAUACAGUUGAUGGUGCUGCACACCAGCCAACCCUGUAAUAUAUGAGAAUCUGCACAUUACCUUUUCUUUUUUGAGUACAGUUCACCUCUGACAUUUUUUUUUCUUAUCAAAAAAAUUUCACCUAAAAAUUGCUUGAUAGGCUUGUGGCAAGAAAUGUCAUCUGUAUGAUAUCCAAUUGUUUUUGGCAUUUGAAAUAAGAAAUCAGCAAGAACCUUGUGAUUCA